AUGUCGGGUGAGAUCGAGCGUCUCAAGGAUGAGGGCACGAGACAGCAAGUUGUUAUAGCUGGUGGCAUCGCAGGCCUCGUGUCCAGAUUCGUCAUCGCUCCCUUAGACGUUGUCAAAAUCCGACUCCAGCUCCAGCCCCAUUCGCUCUCCGACCCUCUGUCUUGCGAUGGCAUCAAAGGCCCAAUCUACAAGGGUGUCUUUCCCACUCUGCGCGCAAUCGCGAGAGAUGAGGGUAUCCGGGCGCUGUGGAAGGGAAAUAUUCCUGCGGAAUUGAUGUACAUCACAUAUGGUGGCGUCCAGUUUACCGCUUAUCGCUCAAUCACUCAAGCUCAAGCUAUGCUUCCGUCGCGUCUGCCGCCAUCAGUCGAGUCUUUCGUUAGCGGUGCCGGAGCAGGCGCCGCCGCAACUUCAAUUACCUAUCCUUUGGAUCUGCUGCGGACCCGAUUCGCUGCACAAGGCCCGGAGAGGAUCUAUUCGGGACUCGCCAGUUCUAUUCAAGACAUUAUCCGGCACGAGGGACCCAGCGGCUUCUUUCGGGGCCUCAGCGCUGCGCUAGGCCAGAUCGUCCCCUACAUGGGCCUCUUCUUCAUGAGCUAUGAAUUCUUCCAUCAAUACAUCGGGGGCAAGACAUUGCCGUUCGGCUCCGGUGAUGCCACUGCUGGUGUAUUCGCCAGUGUCUUUGCAAAAACUGCCGUUUUUCCUCUGGAUCUGGUCAGGAAGAGACUGCAGGUGCAGGGCCCGACCAGGGCCAGGUAUAUCCACACGAAUAUCCCCGAAUAUGCGGGUGUUAUUCGUGCUCUCACGACCAUUUGGAAGAAGGAAGGCUAUCGGGGUUGGUAUCGAGGACUGACUGUCAGCUUGAUCAAGGCUGCACCAGCAUCAGCCGUCACCAUGUGGACAUAUGAGCGCGUGAUGCAUUCGCUUGUUCACUCGGGUAGAAACGAUGAGAUGUGGGAAACUUAUACUGGCUACGAUGAUGAUUACGAUGACUAA